AUGGAGUUGGUGGACAUCCAUGGAGCCGUCGACGACGACAAGUCGCGGCGAGAAUCCAAGCCGGUGCAAGAGGCUAGCGUUGCGCAUUCAGGAAAAGAGCUUGACUCUGGCAAGGAGACGGCAUCUCAUCAAAAUUCUGGGGAGCCUCCACGUCUCCAAGGCGCCAAGUUGAUCCUUCUAUUGUCGUGCCUUUUCCUUGGUAACUUCACCAUUGGAUUUGACAGUAGUUGCAUUGGCACCCUUAUUGUGAUUCUCACCGACCAAUUCGACGCCCUUCAAGAUAUUGGCUGGUACCAAACAACAUACUUGUUUACACUAUGUGCGCCUACCUUAAUCAUGGGCCGACUGUACACUCUCUACUCCAUGAAGACGCUUUACGUGUGCUCUUUCGCCAUCUUUGUUGUCGGCUCGAUUCUUACGGCUGCCUCACCAACGUCUACCGCCUUCAUCCUUGGCCGCGCAGUGAGCGGCCUCGGUGCAGCAGGAAUAAACUCUGGCAUGUUCAUCAUUCUUGCACAUGCCGUUCCGCUAAAGAUUCAACCCAUCAUAUUCGGCAUUUGCGGCGCCGUAGAGUGCUCGGCGCUCGCUUUUGGGCCAUUGAUCAGCGGGUCAAUCGCCCAUGCCGACAAUUGGAGGAUCAACUUCUGGACUAUCGUAGGUCUGGGAUGCGCUGUUGCAUUGGGCGUGUCCGUCAGCGUAGAUCAUCUGCACCAGAAUGCGGACGACAAACCAAGUGCAGCUCAAAGGUUGAAAGGUCUCGACUGGUAUGGGCUGGCAAUUGAGCUUCCCAUGACCAUCUGCUUGAUCCUGGCUUUGCAAUGGGCUGGCACGACGUAUGCUUGGUCCAACUGGAGAAUCAUCCUCCUGCUCACCGUGACCGGUGUUCUUGUCAUACUUUUUUUUGUGGUGGAGCACAUCGGUGGCAGUAACAGCAUGAUUUCCUUGCCAAUACUACGACAGCGAAAUGUCGCCUUUAGCUGUGUGGCUGGCUCCUGUAAUUUUGCAGGCUUGUGGGUCUUUUCCAACUACCUCCCCAUCUAUUUUCAAGUGGUGCGUGGAGCAGAUACACUUCAUUCAGCUUUGAUGUAUCUGCCGACCACCAUAAGCAUGUCCGUUGUCGCAUUGGCCAGCGGAUCUUUUACAUCCAAGAUCGGUUAUUUCAACCCAGCAUUGCUGUUCGGCAGCGUGCUGAGUGUCACUGGAGCAGCAUUGAUGGCCACAUUCAAACCCAAUACUUCUGCAGCACGAUGGAUAGCGUACCAGAUCUUCUACGGUAUCGGCAUUGGCAUGGCAUUCCAGCCUCCCCUAAUUGCCCUGCAAACCGUGCUUGAGAAGCCACUUGUUCCUGCAGCCUUGGUACUGCUGACUUUCGUGCAGAUGCUCAGUGGCAUCAUCUUCCUGUCCAUCUCGCAGAAUGUGUUCCUGGAUAAGCUGACAAGAAAUCUUGUGAAAAACAUUCCAAAUUUCGACCCAGCCAUUGCCAGGCAACAUGGCUUGUCUGGUCUGGAGGGACUGGUCCCCAUCGAAUAUCAAUCACAGGUCAUACGAGCCUACAAUUCUGCCAUCAUGGACGUGUUCUAUAUCGCACUUGGGCUAGUUAGUGUUGGUCUGCUAGCUGCGCUCCCCCUUGAGUGGAGGUCAAUCAAGAAGGACGAUGAGAAGAAGGAGGAUUGA